AUGAAACUGGGAACUUUCAUUGCCUUUAGUGGAUUCUUGAUAACACAGAUAAUGUUUGUGGAUGCAAGGCCUAGACUGCCGAGCAAAUUGAAAAAGGUAAGGGAACUUUCCCUGACGUUCUAAGGAGCCGAUAGAGCAAAGUAGCAGCCUUUACUGGACAUCUCAGUGUAAGGAAAAUCGUACCAAUGAAAAGAAUUUUUGUAUUUUCCUCUCAUUCACUCAAAUGGAAUUUUAACUCAGUAUCCUUAAUGGGCGAUGCAAGUGACGCGUUCAGUGCUAUAUCUUGAUAUGAUUAGAAACCAAUAUAAAAUGUUUAUCAAGAAGAAAUGAUCUAACAAAAAAAUUUACCUUUCCUCUAUAAGGAAAAAACGGAGGUCUUUUCAACAAGUAAGCCAGAAAGUGAAGAAAAUCAAUUUGAAGAAGGCUGGACUUUAGCUACCUUGUUCGGCAUGGGAGAACAUGACUCAGGUGAAAGCAGCCAGAGACCAAUAUCUUCAAGCCCUUUGCUAACUAGCCCUGCAGAUGCACCCAGAUCUGGUGGAGAACAAGAUGCUCACUCUGACAGCUCUGUGAAUGACACUGAUCAUCAGCAGAAAAAUAAAGGAAGAAAAAGAGUGCGAAGGCGUUGUCGUCCUGGUUAUAUCCAUCAAUGUCUGCCGACCAAAAAACCAAAACUGACUAAAAAACCAAAACUUCCCAAAAGAGCUCGUCGCUGA